AAUUUUGAAUAGAAACGGCCGCUGCGGGAGAGACGGUAGAAGAAACUCUAGUCAGAGAAGGCGGUAAUAAAAUGGACUAUUAAGAAAAAAAAAGUAUUAUACAGGUGUUGAGAAAAAAAAAGACAUUAAUAAAGCCUGUGUACCGUGGCUUCGGAGAGAAAAACAAAAAAGGAAAUGGAGACGGCUGUGCUGCAGAUGCACAACCUCUUUGAUCAGCUGCUGAGGCAGGUUGAGGUGCUCAACGAAGGCAUGGAACCCCAGUUCCUCCAGCUGGCUCGGGAUUUCGAGGAAUGCCGGCGGCGGUGGCAGAAGACAGACGCGGAGCUGCUGCGCUGCAAGGAGAUCCUGUCUAAGGCAGAGACGGAGCGCAGCGCCCUGGACGUGAAGCUGAAGCACGCCCGCAACCAGGUGGACGUGGAGAUCAAGCGCAGGCAGCGAGCCGAGACCGACUACGAGAAACUGGAGCGUCAGAUACAGCUCAUCAGAGAGCUGCUGAUCGCUGAGGGCUCCACCAGUAUCCAGCUGAGUGACGAGCAGAGAUCCGCCCUGGCAUUCCUCAAUGCCAGGUCUCAGCCUACAGGACUCAAUGCCAGCAAACGGUUGUCCACGAUAGACGAAUCGGCGUCCAUGAUGUCGGACAUCAGCUACGAUAAGACGGACGACUCCUUGGACUGGGAUUCCUCCAUAGUGAAAACCGUGCGUCUAAAGAAAAGGGAAAAGAGGCGCUCCUCCCGACACCAUGCGGACGGCCCCCCUACAGCACCCAAGCGGUCACGCUCCACUGGAAGAACCUCCGACAAAGGGAAUGAGUCUAUUGUGACCAAGACUACCGUGACUGUUCCUAGCGAUGGAGGACCCAUAGAGGCCGUAUCCACUAUUGAAACAGUGCCCUACUGGACCCGCAGCCGCAGAAAGACAGCUAACCUGCAGGGGUGGGACAGUGACUCGAUCCUCUCUGAGAAUGUGGACGCUGAGAACGUCGGGCUACAGAAGAAGCCGGAGGUGGAACAUUACCAGGAGCCCAGCACCCCUCACAGCAACGGCUGCAUCAGGCUGCACGAGUUUGUGUCCAAAACGGUGAUCAAGCCCGAGUCCUGCGUGCCCUGUGGGAAGAGGAUCAAGUUUGGGAAGCUGGCACUCAAGUGUCGGGACUGCAGAGUGGUGGCUCACCCAGAGUGCCGAGACCGCUGCCCUCUGCCCUGCAUCCCAUCCCUGACUGGGACCCCUGUGAGGAAUGGAGAGGGAACCCUUGCUGACUACGUUCCUCCCACCUCUCCUAUGAUCCCAACGCUGGUUGUUCACUGUGUGAGCGAAAUCGAGCAGAGAGGCUUGAGAGAGACGGGUCUGUACCGCGUCUCUGGCUGCGACCGCACCGUGAAGGAGCUGAAGGAGAAGUUCUUGCGUGGGAAGACGGUGCCGCUGCUCAGCAAGGUGGAUGACGUGCAUGCCAUCUGCAGCCUCCUCAAGGACUUCCUGAGGAACCUCAAGGAGCCUCUGCUCACCAGCCGCCUAAACCGGCCCUUCAUGGACGCUGCAGAAAUCUCCGAUGACGAUAACAGCAUUGCUGCCAUCUACCAGACGAUCAGCGAGCUGCCUCAGCCCAACAGGGACACGCUGGCUUUCCUUGUGAUACAUCUGCAACGAGUGGCUCAGAGCCCUGACACGAAGAUGGACAUCUCCAAUCUCUCCAAGGUCUUUGGACCCACAAUAGUUGGCCACGCGGUGCCUGAUCCAGACCCGAUGACGAUACUGAACGAUACCAAACGUCAGCCAAAGGUGAUGGUGCGCUUGCUGUGCCUGCCUGUGGAGUACUGGAGCCAGUUCCUGAUGGUGGAGCAGGAGAACCUGCACCCAGCACACAUCAUCCAGAACAACAACGCCUUCUCCACCCCUGACGGCAAAAUUAGUAUUCUGGGACCCCUAACCACUCCAGAGCACCAGAUGUCUAAAACACCUUCCUCCAGCUCUCUGUCUCAGCGAAUGAAGACCACACUAAGCAGGACAACUCCCAAGUUUGGAAGCAAGAGCAAAUCCACCACUAACUUCGGUCGCUCGGGCAAUUUCUUUGCUUCUCCACUCCUGAAAUAAGAAUUUACUGGAUUCUAAUAUAUUCCCGUGGCUUAAAGGAAGUGUACAUUUUUUUUUUUUUUAUGUAACGCUCACAUUUUUACUGUGCUGUUUUUAAAUCGCUACCUUCCAGCUGGGAGAUGGUACAGUAAUGUUUUUAGAUCUACAUAUAUUUUAAUUGUAUUUAAUCGUAUGACUUUUUUAAAGUGAUUACAAGCCUUCCUUUUUGAAAAGUUA